AGACGCUAACAGCUUGUGAAAUCCGAUACAAUCUCAACUCCUCACUUGAUUGGUCCACGUCUGCCUAACUUUUUGUUCAGAUAACUUAAUUUAAGCUCAUAAUGUUUGCAAGAGGCAGGGGAAGAAGAAGAUGGCAACUUGCAGUCCAAUUAAGCUCGCUCUCGUCCAUGGCGGAGAUCGCAGCAGAUCCACCAUCAACCUCAGAACCAUCAAGCCUACAAUCACAUCCUCAAGAAGCAGAUUCCACCACCGCUGCCCACCCACGGUUGCCGCCGCCGGAGGAGGCUCGCUAGCUGACAACGUCUUCACUUUCUCCUCCAACAUCUCCACCGACGUUCCACUCCACGAACCGCCCGGGGUCUCAUUCGAUGAAUACGUCCGCGACCGGGCUCGGGUCUUCCGGGCGAUAUUCCCGGAUUCGAGGAGAAGCAGGAGGCUCAAUGACGAAGAGUGGAUGAUAGAGAUGCUUCCCAUCCAUUUCCUUUUUGCAUCUGUGGAUCCAGUUGUGGUGAUGCGGUUGAGACGCAGAUCAAAUGGGAAAGAGUAUCCACCAUGUGUACCUGAUCAUGCCACCACUGCCAUGGAACUCGAAGCUACUAGAUGGGAACUCCGAGGACUCAAUGACAUCCAAAUGCCACCACAUUUUGCUCUCAGUGUUCAGGGAGUGCUGUACCCAGAUAGGAGCAGCAAGGACAGGAGGCUCAAGGGUCAUUUGGAGAUGAGCAUCAGCUUGAUCCUUCCUCCAGUCCUCAGGUUGAUCCCAGAAGAUGUGCUCAGAAGCAUAGCUGAUGCAGUUCUGAGGAGAUUACUGGAGAAGAUGAAGCAUGAGGUGGAUGUUGGAUUGAUCUCAGACUAUGCCAACUUUAGAAGAGAGAAAUUGAAGAUGAUGUUUGGAGCUGCUUCAACAACUACUGAGCUGAGGAGCUCUUCAUCUUAAUGUACACAUAACAGAAAGGACAAGAAUUUAUUGUUGAUGAUUUGUUUCCCUAACAAUUAUUUCAGUUUUCUCCAUGGAUCCAAUAUUCUGGAUGAUUAUUGCAAAUGUACAAUUGCCUUCUGUCCUAUAGGACUUCACUUA